AUGUCGGCGACGCUCGACACUCGGCGGGUGAGCUCUGAUGCGACGGCCGUCGUAGCGGAUCUCGUGCUGCGUGGAUCGGCUCCGCGGCUGCACGAAGCACUCAAGGCGAGGUUCGGAUCCAAGCCACUGGUGCUGGAGAGCACCAGCGAGAGGGACAUCGAGCAGUUCCUCCAGGAGGCUUCCACCAUGUCGCGCAAGGAGAUCCGCCGCCACAAGUUCAAGUUCCUCCAGGACACGGGCGUCGUGAGGAAUUUCACCCUUGAUCCAGUGACCCGCUUAUUCCUUCGGGAAGCCGACGGCAAGGUCUACAUCCUCUGGAACAGCCGCUACGCCGAAACCGAGGUCGUCGCGCAGUUUCCAUCGGAGAACGAUGACGGCCACUUCGUGGAUGAGCUCCGGCGCACGGCAACAGGUGCACAUAGCGCGAGGCGGCGAGUGAUCCGAGUCCUCGUCUUCAUCAAUCCGCGGAGAGUGCUGUCCCCUUCCCCGCCUGUAGAGUGCCCUGCGUUCCUUCACCUCCGGGAGCCCCGGCCCCUUCGCCGCUGCGCUCAGGCUGCUUUGCUUGCCGAGUCAUCUUCUGGGGCUUGGGGUCUGCUCUCUCUAGUGAAAGCUGCAGUGCUGUCGGAGUGCCGUGUUCGGAGUCAUCAAGCCUUGCGUCGCAGUGCAUUUUUUGCAUCUCGAGAUCACCUGCUGAAAGCCCCUGCUUUCAUCAUGACGAGCUCGCGAGCGCGGGCGUUGGCCGCAGACCUCGUGCUGGAUGGAUGCUUGACGCUAGUGGCUCGUCUCGGGCUCCGAGUGUUCCCCGAGGCGACUGUGGAGCAGGGCUUCAAGAAGAUGCGCGUCCUGACGCACCCAGACAAGUGCUCUCCCGAGCAGAAGGCGCGAGCCGAGGAGGCGUUCAAGGAGCUCGACAAUGUCAAAAAAGACAUCGGCUUCCUGACAGAGAGCUUCAUCAUCACCUUCCGUCGAGGCCGCCGCACGCCUCGGGAAGAAGCUUUGUUUCAGGAGCUCCGCGACCCUACGCCUGAGCCUACAGCGGCACCACCUCCGGCUCCCAAGGCAGCGCCCGAGCCAGCUCCGAAAGCAGCAGCUGCGCCGCCACCUAAGGCAGCUCCGAAGGCCAAGCGAGGACCGGGUCGGCCGAGGAAGACCGCGCCUCCGGCUCAGGAGGCUCCUCCGGCUCAGGAGGCGUCCAGUUCGGCGCUCAGCACCGGCAAGCGCAAGGCGGAGGACUUGCUCAUCGUGGAGGAGCCGGUGAACAAGGCGAGCAUCGAGGCCUUCAUGAAGCUCCGCGGCGCGCGGAAGGUGAUCCUCGCCACCGGGUACAGCCUCUUCGAAACGCUCGGCUUCUUCUUGGUCCGGCGGGGCGGCAAUGGCUGCGUCACGACAAGCUGGCGCGAGAGCAAGUUGCCCGGCGACAUCCUCGGCCGCCGCUUCUCGGGUGUGGACUUUGACGUGGAGCCGCCUGUGGUCUUCUGCGAUGUGGCGCACAGCCAUGCCUGCACCUCGGCCUUCGCGCACUGCCGACUCGUCAAGGAGAUCUGCCGCAAGGGCAUCGACGGCUGGGUGGACGUGGACGUGGUCAACAGCAUCUUCUCGCAGUUCGAGGCCAACUUCAAGGAGUGCCCCGAGGCGGUGAAGCGCUACAACAAGGACCGCGACGGCAUGGUCGCGGCGGUGCGCGAGGCCUACGGCUGCUCCAGGGACGUGGCGAAGCGGCUCUUCAUCCGCUUGGGCUUCAUGGGCAAGCUGGAGUCGUGGCUCCAAGACUUCGGGCUGGAGAAGAACGACAGCCCUCUGGAGGCGGAGCUGGUGUCCUUCGGCGAGGACAUGCGGAGCUUCGGGGAGGCCCUGGCGGUGGAGCAUGCUCAGUGGUUCGAGCUCUUCAAGGGCAAGAAGUACCCCCUGGGAAGCUUCAUGUCCGCGAUCUACUUCAAGCUCGAGCGGCAGUUCCUCGACCGCAUGAUCGCGGCGGUCCCUGUGCCGGCGAAGGUCCUGAGCUACGAGCACGACGGCCUCGGCAUCCAGCUGAACGGCUUGAGCGAGGCUGCUCUCCUGGCGGCCCUGAACGACCUCGACCCGCUCCUGCAGGUGACGAUCAAGGCGCCUCAGGACCCGGUCAAGCUGGCCAAGGAGCAGUUUCCGGAGGAGGAGUGGGACGGGCCAGCGGCGGUGUCGAGUCUCCCGUUCGAUGCGGCUGAACUGCAUCGAGCGCUCUUGGUGACCCGGCGCUGCAUGGGUCAAGGCGAGACGGAGGAUCAUCCCAGACCCAACGCCACCGACAACACGGUCGACUUCGGACGAGUCCUGGCUGCUCGCUUGGAAAGCGAUGUGCUCGUGCCAGAGAAUGAUUCCGUGUUCCUUCAGUUCCAGCCUCAGAAAGGGCGGUGGGAAGUGCACAAGGUGUGUGAGAAAGGCCUCCACGCCUUCGCCCGCCAGCAUCGCGAGAUCUUCGAACCGGUUCACUGCCAUUGGGUUGAUGGCACUCUCAAGCAAGGCCGUCGAGGCGACAGACUGCGACCGCACGUCGAGCCCACUGUUCCCUUGGGGCGACCGGCCUUCCUGAAUGCCCUGGCGCAGGAGGCCCUGAUCUACCUGCGGUGCCCUGCUCCCAAGCUGGACGACCCGCUGCGCACCAACCACCGGGUUCUCUUCGAGGACGGCUGGGUCUACGACUUCCGCGACGGCAGCUUCUCCCGCGCCAAGAGGAGCGACUUCUUCAAGCGCAGCAUGCCCUGGAAGCACAGGCAUCCCGAGUGGUGGGGCAACAAGGAGAUGCGCAAGGCCGCGAAGGAGCUGAUGGAGCUCUUGAAGAAGAGCCCGAGGGCCUCGGUCGUGGAGGACUCCCUGCGCACGGAGGAGACGUUCGGCAUGCGCCGAAGGGACGCCCAGAAGCUCUCCGCCUACGACCCCUUCCUGAAGUGGCUGCUCGCCUCCAACGAGGACGUGGACGAGGCCGUCUACGUGGGCAAGAACCUCGCCCGGGCGAUCGCGGGCCAUCCGGCCUUCUGCGAGCUGAUGUGGAACUGCGGGCCCGCACAGAGUGGCAAGGACCUCGGCGUCUCCAUCAUGCAGAAGCUUGCGGGCACGGGCUCCACGGGCGGCUACUGCGCGGCUUUGAAAUGGGCCUACUGCAUGAAGGGCGCCAACACCUCCAUCGAAGGAUGCUCGCCCUUCCUCUCGGCCACCGAGGGGGCAAGGUUCGUCUUCAUCUCGGAGGUCCCCAACCGGCGCAUCUCCAUGGCCCUCCUCAAGCCUCUCUGCGAGCAGCGAGGUGCUGAGAUCGCUUCCCGAGGCCUUUACCGCGGCGGCAACGAGUCCUUCACCCCGACGGCUCUGAUCGUGCUGACCUCGAACUUCCAGCCCCGCCUCGCCCACGACGAGCGCCAGGACACCGGCAGUUCCACCAGAGUCAAUGUCAUCGCCGCCUCCAGCAUCUUCACGGAGAACGUGCACCUGGCCACCCAUCAGCAGAGCGACUCCCGGCUGGCGGACGAUGUGCUCGAGGGCAAGCUCACGGCCUGCGCCUUCUUCUGGCUCUCGGAGUUCUACCACCUGCUGGACCUGGUGGAGCACACGAGGAACGUGGCGCCCCGCCCCCAUAAGAUCAGGCAGGUCUCGGAGAUGUGCUUCUACGUGGCGCCCGAGGAAUCCCGCUGGCUCCGUUGGCUCGCGAAGGUCACCUACACGGAUGACAUCAAUGAGGCCUCGACCAUCGCCGAGGUCCACGAGAGCGGCAGGAGCGCCCUGCAGGGUUCCGAGGAGGAGGGGCAGCUGAUGCCGAACCUGACCAAUGCCGGCUUCACGGACAAGCCCCGCGAUGCGACCAAACGGGUCUACAAGCGGCUGGUUCCGGGCCCAGAUGGCAGGCAGGUUCUGAGGAUGGUGAUCGCUCCGCCGCCGGAGCCCUACCGAUUCUCGGGCUACGAGGCGGCCUAG